UUCGCCUGGGCCGCACCGUCAAAAAUUCCACUCAGAGGUUGCACUUUGCUCAAGCAUCACAUCAAAUCGAUUCUCUCCAGGUUGUGGUUCCACUGCACUUUAAUGAUAACGGUUACCAUUGAAAUUAUCCAUACCACACGCGGGAAGAAAGUGAAAGACAUCAACGAACGUCAUGCUUGGCUUUUAUUGAAUUUCACCGUUGACAUUAAAAAUGAGUGAUCUUGAUUCUAAGAAUAUUUUCACAUUAUCUUGCGUAUGUCUUACCUUUUAUGCUUAGUCAACUUUAAUAGUUUCUGAAACUUGUGUAUAUAUAAGUUAUCGCCUACGUUAUAAAAUUUCUCAAGUUAAUUUUUAGAGUGUUUCUGACCUUGUGUAAUCUCAAUUUCUUGAAAAUCAUCUCAAAGAGGCAUGGGCGAUUGGAUAGAACUGUUGAGCUUGAAAGCCUGGCCGGAAAAGGGUGUAACAAAAGAAAUGAUGAACGUUCUUCCUAAAUUGCCGGCCCGGAAGGAGGAUAUCUUUAUUGCAUCAUAUCCAAGAUCAGGUUCGUAUCACUGACAGGGUUCUUUUCUCUUAAAAAGUGAAAAUCAGUGUAAUGCAAUACAGGAUUUGUUCUGAUGUCUUCAGGAAACUGAGCGGGGGACGUAAUUUUGCUAAUGAUCGGUAUUCACUAGGUUCGUUGUCCUCACUGUAAAUACAGUGGGUUUGUAAAGGCAGCAAGACAUGACGACAAUAACAACAACAAGAACAAAGAGCACGAGAAUGACAUUGUAAAAACGCUUGGUUUGAGUUGAUAUAAGAAUAGGAAGUGAUCAUUGUGAACGGAAAGUGUUCCGGUGAGCAUAAAGUAAGCCGAGAGAAGAUCCCUAGACCACGGUCGACUCGACCCCGUUUUUUUUUUCUCGUUCACCAUUUUAUUUUGUCCCUUAUCCCCAAAAGACAGGUUUUUUUUUAUAGGAUCGUAGGGUAAAAAGCACAAGGACGAUAGAACAACAUUAAGAACAAAUGAAAGCAACAACCACAACAAGUGUAACGACAGGCAUACAUAAACCAACUUUUGAGAUCAUUUGAGCAAGCCGACCUACUCGUGUCGGUUUAGCUUGCUGUAAGUUAUUGUGUUCAGAAGACUUUUUCAUUGAUACUUUUGAAUUUACUUGAAUAAUUUCCAAACAAACGUUUAAACACUGACUCUGAAUCUCAGACAAGAAAUUUUAAUACUAAUCACUCGCUUCAUUGAAACGAAGAUGUAAACAACCCUCCUGGAAUGCACACUUUCGUUCCGAAAGUAGGAGGUGCUGGCUCCAUGAAAAUUCCUUGAAAUCGUGCAGGUUUCUGUUGUCAUUUACUACAGGUUCCACUUGGACCCAGGAAAUUGUAUGGCAGAUUCUUCGAGAUGGUAAAAUCGACCGGCGUCGAUUGGAUGAACGAGUGCCUUUUGUAGAAGAGAUUAUUCUGGACGUCAAAUCAUAUCACUCCUCUGUGAUGGAUGCCAAGUCCGCCGAGAAAGUGUUUACCAGCUUCCCUGAGCCUCGUGUAUUCAAAACUCACAUUCCUAAUUGCUUGGUCCCUAAGGGCUCUGAUGAAGCUAACAAGCCUCGAUACAUAUAUGUAGUGCGGAAUCCCAAAGAUGUGUUUGUGUCCCUGUAUCAUCACAGCCGCAACAUGCCGUAUGUAGCGGAAAUUCCCACCUGGGAUGAGGCCUUCCAAAGUUUUCUAAAAGGAGAUCGUAAGUAUAGCACUUUUUUCGCUGAACAUGAAAUUGGCUUAAUGUUUGUGGCAAAAGACGUCGCAUAAACACAUUACUAACACAGUACAUCUUCAUUCGCCUCCUCGGAAAAAAAAAUGGUAUUUCUAACAUCGAUGAAUGGGAAUUGAUUUUCAUGCAAAUCAAUAACCAUCAUAUGGUAUGAAUGGACUUCGCCCAAUCCCAUGUAAGAAUACGAUAAGGAGAUGGAAUAGAAAGGCACAUUACGACUGCCAAGGUUGACCAGUCUUGAGGCAUCCAUGCCAAGUUUGGCGAUAUGCAGAGUGCAUUCCCUUUCAGUGGCGCAAAACCAGAACCAAAGCAAUGGCAACAAAUCUUCAAAACAACGAUAAAAUUUCAAAGGAGCUAGUGAGAAUUCGGAAUAAAUUAUAAAAAGUGACCGACCCAAGUCAGGGAUACUAGCGCAAGUAAGGCGAUUGGCUUGAACCUCGAUGGCUGAUUGAGAGCCUGCCGCGGAUUAUUACGACCGAUCACCGAGUAUAGUUUAAAUGGUCCGAUGAAAUCCCGGUAACUUUUGAUCUUCCACUAGAAAAGGCUUCCACGUCGUUAAAGAAACAAAAUGAGUCGAAGAAUCCCAAUACACUCCCAACUGUACGUCCAUCAUCUUACAAAACUCAAAACAAAUCAAGUUUAGCGAUUGAAAACGUCUUAAAGAACACUUGGACGACGAAAAUAUAGAUAAAAACUUGUGUGUUCUAAUAAAUGGCUUUUCCUUGUCACCCUCUAUCGUGCAGAUGCAUAUGGCUCGCUAUUUGAUCACGUGUUAAGCUGGUGGAAGCAAAGGGACGAUCCCAACAUUUUUUUCCUUACAUACGAGGACAUAAUAAAGGUAAGAAAAUAUGUCAAACCAUUUAAGGACGAUUUUCUUACCUUCUGCAUGUCAGGUUUUUAAACUUUGGUACGGCGAUUAUCAGCCUUCUGCAUGGCUUGUCAAGUAAACUCGUCAGUCGUUAAAAAGGAUAGUUGUGGUACAAAGUUGAUACCAAAAAUAUAAUGAGAGUGUAGAAUACCGUAAGAUGGAAAAUUUUGCGAGAUUUCAAAAUAGCUUGAAGGUGUGACAAUCCUGAAUGAUUUUAAUGCCAGAAAAAAGUCGGUUUGUCAUCAUGCAACUUUUUCCUUACGUUUCUUUAAUUUUUUGUGUCAAAAGUUAUUGCAAAGUUUUCACUUAAAAGUUAUGACGUUCUAUUCAUUUAGAAUCCAGCAGCUGCUGUUGACAAGAUAGCAAAGUUCAUUGGCAAAAAGAUCUCUCCUGAAACACGUGACCUCAUCGUCCGACAAACGUCCUUUGACGCUAUGAAGAGCUCCAGUCACACCAACUUUACUUGGUUUGAAGGAAUCAAGGGGGAUGGCUUUAUUAGAAAGGGUCAAGUAGGAGGAUGGAAAGAUUACUUCACUGAAGAACAAAAUGAGUUGUUUGAUAAGGUUUUCAGUGAAAAAGUUGGAGAUGGUGAGACUGCAGCUAAAUUAAGGGAACUGCUGUCACUGUAGUAGCCCGGUAAUGAAACAGAAAGCAUUUCGUAAUAACAAACGCGAAGAACAAGACUUAAUCUUAACUUGAAGAAUAACUUAAGCUAGCAAUUUGAUUGUAAGUUUAAGGAUGAAGUUUACGACAAAGUAAACGGCUUAACUGAACUUACAUGUCAUUGAGUUAUCUUAAUUAAUCCUAAAUCAACACUAUCAUAAUAAAAAGAGACACUUGAAGUUCAUACCUAGACUGGUGUGAAAGGAAUGCGAAUACAUAUUUGCUGUUGCGUCUCAGAGACAAUUCACUUAAAUUCACUCCAACCUUGUUCAAGAUGACGAAUUCGAAACCAUAACCAGCCCAGGUAGGUUAUUUUUCAAGGUAUACAAAAAUGUUCAUAUUGUUAGAAGAAAAUUCAGGUUUCUCUAAUACACUUAAGUCAGCCACUUUUUUCAUUCCUUAAGUACUUUCUACAACUGAAAACUAGCUCUGAUCUAAUGGAAAAUUCUGGUCAUCAGCUUAUAAGGUGACAAUUACCAUGCUGUCAAUCUUUGACCAUCGUCAUCAUGUCACACUUGACCAACGAAUCACAUUAAGUACAUACAGCUUAUCUUGCAAACUAAGCAUUUUCCUUCGAAAUAUUUACCCUUAAAAGACUGACUUCCUACCUUAAUAAAUUUUCAUACCUUCCCAGUUAAGAUCUGGUAAAACAAAAUCAAGAUAAACAAUAUAAAAAUUUUAAUAUUUUUCCUGAAUGGCUUACAAUCCGAACACCUAAAUGAGCUAAAAUUGCAUAUACACAAAGUUCUUGCUUGCUAUGCUAAUUUUGUCUUUCCGCAACACUCAUCCUGUAAGGUGUACAAAGUGAUAGUGUAGCCUUUUUCUCCCUUAACAUAUUGAGCGCAGUGCUGAGGUGCCCUUGAUGUUUUCCAGACGAGGGGUUUUUUGUUAUCGUUACAUUCAAUCUGGGUCUUUAAAAUAGACUUUACCGUCUUCUAAGCAAACUUGUCACUAACAUUAUUAUUAGAACGUUGAAUGUAAAAUACAAUUUGCCUUGUAUACGGCCUAUUUUUCGUUUAUUCGAAAGUUUUGUGAUAUUUUAUGCAAAAGUAAUUUGUAGACCAUAAAUGCAUUUAAGAUAUUGAAUUUUCCCUGCAAUUACCUAAACGGUUCGUCGGUAACGCGUGAUACUAGGAAAUGCAACCUUACAGAAAUUUACUCCCUCUUCAUAAUGACGACCCGUGGGCAUUACGAUUUCACAUCUCAAAAUAGACCAGAAUAAAACAGCAAUCCUCAACGAUACAUCACAAAGAUUAUUCAAGGUGGAAUGCUCUAUGAUUGAUGGAACAAGUUGUUUGAUUAUCAGAAUGAUCUCUGGUGUGAAAAAUCAUAGCAUAACUAGG